AUGCAUUUACCUAUCCCAUCUACACUUUACAACCAAUUGAAAAAUGUGACAAACGAAACUUACUUCGGACAGCUGGGUCAAGAACCAGUCACAGUCAAUCGAGCUACUCCAGGGCUUCCAACUAUUGAAUUCUUGGUGCCCGAAGAGCAAGAAAGGCCGAAAGAGAUACGAGUACUGGUAGACAGUUAUUGUACAACAGACGAGCAAAAUGAGCUGGAAGCCGGGAGGCGGGCCGCGCUUCCAGAAGCUGAUUUGGCCCAAUCCGGCGCGGUGUGA